GACACUCUGAAGCAGCCGUAGCAACCAUGAGCUUUUCCGUGAACAAGCUCGCCCCGGAGCUCGUGGCCCCCGCCGAGCCUACGCCGUCCGGCCGCCUCCCGCUCUCCUUCAUGGACCGCAACGUGACGGUCAGAUUGAUCAUCGACCUGAUACUCGUGUUCGAGCAAGGCGUGCAGCCGGCGAAGGCCAUCAGGGCGGCGCUGUCCCGUGUUCUCGUCCCUUACUACCCCGUCGCCGGGCGGAUCGUGGAGCCGAUCCCCGGUGAGGCCGAGGUGGAUUGCACCGGCGAUGGCGUGUGGUUCGUCGAGGCCUCCGUGGAUUGCAGUCUCGAAGAUGUUAACAACCUGGAGCGCCCUCUCCUGCUGCCCAGGAAGGAUCUCAUCCCCUAUGCUCCCCCUGACGUGAUCGAGGGAGAUGUUGCAUUACUUGUUCAGGUGACGGAGUUCAGAUGCGGUGGGUUCGCAGUGGGCAUCAGAUUCAAUCACGCAGUGUUCGACGGCGUCGGGGCAGCCCAGUUCUUGAAAGCAGUUGCCGAUGUCGCCAGAGGCCACGCUCGUCCCGUCGUCGAGCCAGUCUGGUGCAGGGAAGCCAUCCCCAGUCCGCCGAAGAUGUCGCAACGACAUGCUGCUUCCUCCCCCGCUGCCUUCCACUUCCAGACCUCCGUGUUCGAAAUCUCCUCCGACCGCAUCAACGCCGCGAAGAACCAGUUCUUGAGGGAGACGGGCCAGAAGUGCUCCACCUUCGAUGUGGUCACGGCGAUGCUCUGGCAGUGCCGGACGCGAGCGAUAAGCCUGGACCCCCACGCCGACUUGGACCUCGGCUUCGCCGCCAACACCCGCCACCUGCUGCGGGGGCUGCUGCCGGAGGAAGGCUUCUACGGCAACUGCGUGUACCCCAUGGGAAUCAAGGCGAACGCCGGGACCAUCGCUGCUUCCUCGCUGGUGGAGGUGAUCCUGCUGAUACGCGACGCCAAAGACAGUUUAUCAGCCAAGUUCUCGGAGUGUAUGAUGGGGGGUUCGGCGGAGAACCCGUACGCAGUACCACCGGGGUACGGGACGAUGGCAGUGUCGGACUGGAGCCGAGUGGGGUUCUCCGAGGUAAACUACGGGUGGGGAGAGCCGAUCCAUGUGGUUCCGCUGACUGAUGACAAUAACUUAGUGGCUUCCUGCAUCUAUCUGUCGCCGCCCAAGCCGAAGCAGGGCGUGAGGUUGAUGACACGAUGCGUUGAAAUGGAACAUCUCCCUGCCUUCAGUGAAGAGCUGAUGAAGUUCGCCGCAGAUUUGGCGUGAGAGCGACCACCAUCCACCUGCAAGUCUCUUCAGCAUGCAAUGUUCUUCCAUGACGUCCUUGUCUUCCAUCACCCCGUGUUAUCUGGCAAUCUCUAUUAUCAAAUAAAAGAGUAUUCCACAACA